AUGCGGAUGCCGCGAGCUCUUAGAUCACUCGCUGAAGAAAGAUGCGCACAAUGGGCGGAGAGGGGGGGAGGCGCGGAGGAGCUCGCGGAGGUAUAUAAGCUGGCGGCGGAGGUGCCAUCUUCACAACACGGCUCGUUCUCCAGAACGCAACUACUCUCAGUACAAACAGUAACCUCAACACCUUCAGUCACCAUGAAGAUGCUCCUGGUCCUCGCCGCCGUCGCCGCGCUGGCCGCCGCCGCGCCCCAGGCCGACCCGCGCCAGGCCACCAUCGUCGAGGAGGUGAACGAGCCCAGCAUCGGCGUGGGGCCCUGGAACUUCCGCACGAGCGACGGCGUGGCGCGGUCGGAGGAGGGCGUGCUGGUGGACGCGGGCACCGAGAACGAACACAUCGAGGUGCGCGGCACCGCCAGCUGGACGGACGCCAACGGCAACUCGUACACGCUCACCUACACCGCCAACCAGGACGGCUUCCAGCCGCAGGGCGCCCAUCUGCCGCAGCCCGGCCGCAAGUGAGCGACUGACGGCCCCGCCCCCGCCCCUGGCCGACGCUCACGGACACCGGUUCAAACACGCCAUCUUCGCUGUGCCAAGUUGACAAAGCUGUAGGACAUGUUGCUUCUUUUGAAGGCUUCUUUCACUUUUGGAACCCUGAGGGACUUUUCGCAUGGAUGAAUGUUUGUAUUUGAUUCUGCUAGCGGACGAAUUUUGUGCAAUACUCAAAAGAAGAUGUCCUACUAUUUUGUACAUAAAUUUCUAUCAGCAAAUGACAAUGCGUGGGCAUACUUCUUGUGCUCUUGUAUAGUGCGUUGUUUUAUGUUGUGUGAUCUAUUAAAUGAUAUUUCAU